AUGAUCAUAGAUCUUUCUAUCUCCGCUCUGACACUUCUCCUGGUAACCUAUUGGCACGUAUCCACUGCCUCUUCCCUACCCGUGGUGGAUCUAGGUUAUGAGCUCCAUCAAGCAUUCUCGUUAAACGAGACUACUGGUCUUUACAACUUCAGUAACAUUAGAUACGCCGCUCCACCUUUGGGAAACCUACGGUUUCGAGCCCCGUUGCCGCCCAAGGUGAACCGCGCUGAAGUCCAGACAGGGGCAUUGGGUAGAAUUUGCCCACAGGCUACGCCGAUAUGGAGCAGAUAUAUCAUGCCGCGGUUUUUAAAAAGCUACUUUACAAACUCAACGUUUGACACCUCCCUCGACUUUUCCUCCUUCCCAGUUCCACUCAUUCAGGACCCCAGAACCUCGGAAGAUUGUCUUUUCCUUGAUGUUGUGGUGCCACAGAAAGUAUUUGACCGAGCUCAGGGCAAACCCCUGAUACGUAAAGAAAGUUUGGCUCCGGUUAUCGUAUAUUUCUAUGGCGGAGGUUAUGUUCUAGGCGAUAAGAGUGGCGUUGAUCCAUCUGGUCUCAUUCAACGGAGUCAACAGCAGGAUAAGGACGGAGUUAUCUAUGUGGCUCUGAACUACAGGCUCGGCGCAUUUGGCUGGCUAGCGGGUCACACAGUAUCCCGGAAAGGAACCCCCAACGUCGCACUUCAUGACCAACGACUCGGCCUAACCUGGGUAGCUCAGAAUAUUCAUCUAUUUGGAGGUGAUCCCAACCGAGUGACUGUUAUGGGCGUAUCGGCCGGAUCAGGGUCCAUCCUUCAUCAACUCACUGCAUACCAAGGGCGUCAAGGACCUUCCCUAUUCCAGCAGGCCAUCCUGCAAAGUCCCGCCUGGGAGCCGAACUAUGAUACAGACAAGCAGGAACGGACCUUUCGCCGAUAUCUCGAGCUCCUCAACGUCAGCACCAUCGAGGAGGCACGCCAGCUACCCUCCGAAAAACUCAUUGCUGCCAAUGCCCAUCAGGUGUCAAGCUCGCUCUACGGAACGUUCACUUAUGGUCCCGUGGUGGACGGCGUCUUUGUCUCCGAUCUCCCAGGCAAACUUCUGCUGCGCGGCGAGUUCGAUCACAGCGUGAGGAUACUGAAUGGCCAUACCUUGAACGAAGCUCUCAUGUACACGCCGCCAUCCAGUUUUCAAGAAUGGGGUCUACUCUCACUUAUGGACGAGCACUUCCUUGACCUUUCGGAAGAUAUGAAAGAGACCAUCGUCAAUGUUCUAUACCCACCCAUCGUGGAUGGGACGUACGGAUACCGCGGAUGGGUUGAGCGAGUCUCUUCCGUCCUCUCGGACAUAUGCUUUCAGUGCAAUUCAUACCACUUGAAUCAUGCAUACAAGAACAGUACUUACAGCUACGUGUUCUCCAUCCCUCCCGCUAUGCACUGGAUGGACCAUCCCUACUCAUUCUAUAUCAAAGGCGCAAAGCCUCUAGCUGAGAGUCUUCUCUUCCAAGUAACAAACGAGACGGUGGCCUUCAUCCUGCAAGACUACGUUACGAGUUUCGUUCAAACGGGAAAGCCGACGUCUCCACUAGCCCCGCCCCUUGAGAUAUAUGGUCCUGAGAGUCGGGUGAUAAGUAUAGGAAUGAACAAUAUCACGGGGAUGCGUGACCCAGCAUGCAAUGCUCGGUGUGUUUACUGGCAGAAUGCGUUUACUUAUAGUCAGGAUAAGUCGUGA